UUUCGCGGCAAAAAGGAUUUGGCGCGCAAAGGCGCGCGGGGCCGGCGCGCCGAACAAUCCGGCGGCGGGCGCACCGGAGCCGGAGCCGGAGCCGGAGCGCAGCGGCUCCGCGCCCGCCAUGGGCCGCGCCCCUGUCCGCGCCCUGCCCGCCGCGCCGCCCGCCGCACCGCCGGCACCGGCUGCCAUGUGAGCCAUGGCGGCGGCGGGCGGCGCGGCGGGGCUGGCGGCGCUGCUGGGCAGCGCCUCCCCGCACCUCCUGAUCGUCUCCGCCGCCGCCGAGGAGCCCGCGGGCGGCGGCCACCCCGAUACCGACCUCCUGCUCUUCGCCACGCCGCAGCCCGCCCUCCCCGGCGCCGCGCCCAGACGGCCCGCGCUGGGCCGCCCGCCGGUGAAGAGGAAGCUGAAUUUGGAGACGGAUCACCAGUACAUAGCAGAGAGUUUGCCAGUGAGCCGGGGCAAGGCCAGGAACCCUGCUAAAGGGGCAAAGUCUCCUGGAGAGAAGUCCCGCUAUGAAACCUCCCUGAACCUCACCACCAAGCGCUUCCUGGAGCUGCUGAGCCAGUCCCCAGAUGGUGUGGUGGACCUCAACUGGGCGGCCGAGGUGCUGAAGGUGCAGAAGAGGCGCAUCUACGACAUCACCAACGUCCUGGAGGGCAUACAGCUCAUCACCAAGAAGUCCAAGAACCACAUCCAGUGGCUGGGCAGCCAGGCCGCCGUGGGAGCGCCGGGCCGGCACCGGCUGCUGGAGAAGGAGCUGCGGGAGCUGCAGGCGGCCGAGCGGCAGCUGGAUGACCUCAUCCAGAUGUGCACGGUGCAGCUGCGCCUGCUCACCGAGGACCCCGCCAACCAGCACGCAGCCUAUGUCACCUGCCAGGACCUCCGCAGCAUUGUGGACCCCGCGGAGCAAAUGGUGAUGGUUAUCAAAGCCCCCCCGGAGACCCAGCUGCAGGUGUCAGACCCAGCAGAGGCGUUCCAGGUCUCCGUGCGAAGCACUCAGGGCCCCAUCGAUGUGUUCCUGUGCCCCGAGGACAGCUCGGGGGUCUGCAGUCCUGUCAAGAGCCCCUUCAAAGCCCCUGCUGAGGACUCUUCUCCCAGCCAGUCACAGCCCAGAGCCCCCCUGCUCCUGCAUCCUGCCCAGGAUGUGAACAUGCCGCUGCUGCCCGGAGAGCAAGAAGCGCUGCUGCCAGGGCUGAGCGCGCUGCCCGCCAAGAGCCCGGAGCAGGAGGUGAGCCUGUCCCCGCUGGCCUCCAUGGACAUGCUGCUGGAGCAGAGCAGGGAGGACUUGGCGGGCUUCUUGGCCGAUGAGUUCAUCAACCUGUCGCCGCCGCAGGCCCAGGACUAUCACUUUGGGCUGGAGGAGGGCGAGGGCAUCAGCGAGCUCUUCGACUGCAACUUUGGGGACUUCACCCCCUUGGACUUCUGAAGCUGCGCCCGCCCGGGUGCUGGGGGGAGCUGCCAGGGCAGGGGGCACGCUGGCAGGGCAGGGCAGGGCAGGGCAGGGCUGCCCCUCUGGCUCCAGUGCCCGCUGUUGCUCCCCCAUCCCUUUUUGCAAUAUUUUCUCGUUAUCCCUCCAGCCCGCUGGCAUCCCCAGCUCCAGCCCCACAAGAGGAUGCCAGGGUGGGGUUCCCAUCUCGGGGGAUCCCCCUGUAGGGCCCUGAUCAGGGGCGACUGCCCAGGGCAGAGCCACUGCCCCCCAGGAGCCCGUUCCAGAGCUUUAAGCAGUCCUGUGUAUAGAUUAAUGAUUUGAUUAAUUUAUUAUUGUCCCCUGGGGACAGCGUUUCAUUUCCAUGGGGGUUUGGGGGGGCUGUACAGCAGAGUGGGGGUGCUGAGAGUUUUUGUUGUGCUGGGAGGGGGUGGUGGAGAUGUGGGGGGCGCUGGGUUAGGGCUGUCCCCCUGCCUGGGGGCUGCCAACAGCCUGGCUGAGCGUGGGUUAUUUAUUUAUUAUUUAUGGCGUGUGGAGCUCUCCCAGGACAUGGAGGGGGCAGGAGGACAGUGCUGGUGGGACACGGAGGGUGCCACCAGGGUCUCACCAGCACGUGCUGGCUUUGCUUGUGUCCAGAACAGGGCUGGCAGGGCCAGGGCUGUGGCAGGUGGCUGUGGGGACGGGGCUGGCUGGGGCUGGUGGCCCUGGCACCGUGUGCAUGUCCCCUCAGGGGACACAGAGGUGUCCAGGGGAAGUGUCUCUGCAGGUGAGCACCCAACGCUGUCUCCAGGCUUUCCUCCCCUCCCUCUGCAGCCCUUCAGCCUUUUGGCUCUGGCUCCCCAUCCCAGGCCGCUGGGGCUGGGAGAGGAGGGGAGGGGGGUCCUGGGGUCCCCCUGGGCCGAGCUGGAGACGCACUUUCACUUUUACUGCCAUUUAACAAGCUUGUGUUUCUCUGAGCUUUGUGUUUAAUAAAGGUUUCU